UGUUUAAAACCCCCCGAGAGAGACGCUGCCACACUGUGCCCUCUCAAUGCCAAUGUGCCUGAUUUUACAAGAAGUCAUCGCCACUUCCAGAAAUGCCAACUUGGUGUAAAUGAGUCACAGGGCAGCUGGAAAGAAAAGGAAAAAAUAAAAAAGGGAAUCCAGCUGGAAGUGCUGAAGCCGUCUGGGAUUUGGAAAACUGGCAGAGAGAGAGAGAAAGCGAGUGAGCGAGUGAGCGAGCAAGAGGGUCCGCAGGAGGGAUGGAGACGAGGAGGAGGAGGAGGAGGAGCUCCAAGGGGACGAGAACUUGAGGAGUACGAAACAGCCAGGGAGACGACGACAAGGAACAUGUGGAAGGAAGGAGAGUCCGAGGGGCUCCAGACGCUUGGCAUUGUGGUGGUCCUCUGCUCUACCCUCAAACUGCUGCACUUCCUUGGACUCCUUGACCUCACAGACAAUAAGGCCGAGGAUGAGCUGGAGAUGACGGUGGUCUGUCACCGGCCGGAGGGCUUGGAGCAGCUGGAGGCCCAGACAAAAUUCACCAAGCGGGAGCUGCAGAUCUUGUACCGUGGAUUCAAAAACGAGUGUCCCAGCGGACUGGUCAACGAGGAUACCUUCAAGCAGAUCUAUGCACAGUUCUUUCCACAUGGAGAUGCCAGCACGUACGCACAUUACCUCUUCAACGCCUUUGACUCAGGCCAGAACGGCUCCGUCAAAUUUGAGGAUUUUGUCAUGGCGCUGUCCAUCUUGCUGAGGGGCUCCAUCAGAGAGAAGCUGAGGUGGACAUUCAACCUCUACGAUCUCAACAAAGAUGGCUACAUCAACAAAGAGGAGAUGACUGACAUCGUCAGGGCCAUUUAUGACAUGAUGGGCAAAUACACCUACCCGGUACUGAGGGAUGAAGCCCCCCGGCAGCAUGUGGACGCCUUCUUCCAGAAAAUGGACAAGAACAAAGAUGGAGUGGUCACGUUAGAUGAGUUCAUCGCGUCCUGUCAGGAAGAUGACAACAUCAUGCAGUCUCUUCAGCUGUUUGAGAAUGUCAUUUAGGGGGGCUUCGCAACGCAGCCUGCCGGCCAGGACCCCAAGUUUAGGGUCUGCACCCCGUCACCCUGAGUGUUCCCAUUGUACAGCCCGGGGGAACUUGAGCCGGCUGGAGAGUUGGAGGGAUCUGCUCAGCGGAUGAGUGCGGAGGUGGAAGAGAUCCAGAUGGGGGGGUGGGGGGUGCCAACAGGGAGGGUGCCCCUGCACCCCCCCGCCCCCCCCCCUUUGUUCUUAUACGCAUGCUGUUGUUUUUAUUGUGCCAGAUGUUGGGCAGCGGUCGGGGGUGAGCUGGAGGGAUGCCACAAAGGCUCUCACCCUUCUCUUUUAAGAUGUGCCAGGCCUUUCAACUGAGACCUCCACCCAUGUCCAGGUUGGCAGCAUGGGUGGCCAGGCCACAGGACAGAAUACCUUGGCAGCAAACAUGCCACCCAAAUGCCUGUCCAGCAGUCCAUUUUAAGUCCGGCCUACCCAGCUCAAGGUUGCAGGGUGUUGAUGCCAAUUUUGACCCUGGUCAGGGUGCCAGUCUGUUCCAAACACUAAAGUGUCGAUCCAAUCUAUUUGCAUUAGCAGGGCCCCUGUGAUGUCACCAUCUUUGGAGCCCUGUCCCCCUUGGUCACAAAUGGAAGCUUCUUUGCCUGACAUUUUUAGGCAGCUUGGGUGAGUCAUUGGCUGCCAGUGCAAUGCCCAACAAGUGAGUCACGUCACCUAGCGGUGGCUGGCAUUGUAGAAAUAUAAGAGAUAAGCCGCCCCUUUGUGACAGACUCACAUUUGAUGUCACCCAGUCACUGGCCCUCGCGGUGUCACCUCGUGUGAGUCCCUCGCUGCACUUUGGGUCAAGUACACAUGCAGAGAAAGGCACUAUAAAGCUCCGUGCCCAGGGCUGCCACUGUAUUUUUGUCCUCGUUGACGCCUGGCUCAGAUGCCCCCGAGGGGGAGUGACCUCAAAAGCCAGGCCCCGCCCACUGCCCAGCUCCCGUGUGAUCUGUCGUCGGUUUGUGUCACUUGAUUCAUUCUGCGUGUUUCGUGGGGUCCCGUCUCUUGUUGCUGUUUAAUAUGGACGUCCAGCUGGGGCGCGAGCCGUUCGGUGGGCUCGGACCACCCAAACACACAGCGGAGCGGAGGGGGCUGACUGGACUCCGCUCGACCGACUCCGGCGAUGUCCGCCUGCUUGUGUCUCUGUGCAAGUCUUGUGUUCUGUCCCAGGAAUGAGCCAUUCAGCUUCUGUGAACAAACAAAAAAACAAAAACGACUCGAACACUGUGACCCCGAGGACAGGAGAGCGGAGGUGUGGCGCGAGUCGGGCGCAACGUCCAGGAGUCCAAGCCAUGACCGUCCACACUGAGCCCACAGAGAAUUCAGAUGAGUGCCGCCAUCGUGUCCCACGCUCAUCGCCGCCUCUUGGCAUCGAUUCGGAUCUCUGUAUCUCGAUUUCUUUUUCCUCUGUACAAAGAGAUUUGCUAGUAAACUUUUGACAAAACUCCA